AUGCUUGUCUAUGGUUUUGUGGAAUCAAGAAAACUCUUCGGCGGGUACAGAAUAACCCCAACCUACUGCAAGGCAUCGCGCGCAGCAAAAUACAAUAGAGGCAACACCAUAUGCAUGUUCAACCAUGAGUGCUACCAACGAGGUGGUGAAGUGGUUGGAGCCUGCAUGGACGGAUUUCUCUUCGGAGCUUGCUGCCAACUAAAAUCAGACAGCCAGUCCCACAUACCUAAAGGUCCAGGCAUCGUGAUGACCAGUUACUUAGACUACCCAGACGCUACGGAAGGCGACGAUUACGACGCUGAAGAACUUAGUGCUCUUCAUAACAGUUUCAAACCUGUAGUCACUCCAGGGUACAGACCAGCUGAUAAAACUGCAGCUACUACUCUCAAACCAGAAGAUUUGAGCACAGAAGCCGAACAUGAGCUAAUUUCUGAAGGUCUUACUCAAAUUACUAAUACUUUGUUAAGUUCUCCACCUAAAGAUAGUAAUGGAAUUAUCUAUAUGAAACCUAAACCAGAUUAUUAUACCCACAGCAGUAUAGACCAUGGCGGUCCUGAUACUAUUCUGGUUCAUACAAACGGUUCUGUAGUUGAUAACGUUGUUAGGCCUUCAGAUUUUAAUAUACAGCUGUCUUCAAUGCAGACGAAACCGACUGUGACACCCAGUACGUCGACUACAGAGCCUCAAAGGACUGUGUCUACUCAUAGACCUGUUAAACCAAUCUUUAGACCAAAACCUGUGACAUCAACGGAGAAAUAUGUCCCAGUAUCAACAAUCACCACCAAAAACACACAGAGAGUUCCAGAGCUAUCGUCCAUUAAUAGCAUAAUUCAAAUGCUUAAUGACAGUACUCCAAGUAUGAAGGAAGAUGUGACGCCAUCAAUCGAUAUUAUGGAGACGAAAUCAUCUCCAUCUCCUUCAUAUUCCUACACUUACCCCAGCUUCUCAUCCACUGGACACUACGUCACUCUUAAACCAACUUCUCUAUCAACGUAUAUAACUAAAAAACCAACAACGCCAAGCAAGAAGCCAUCGUAUGACUACGUACAUACGACUCCUAAUAGCUUGCCGCAGGAUGAUAAGCCAACGUCUUACUAUUCCUCGCCUAGUCCUAGUCAUUCCACUAGUCAAGCUAUUGAAGCUUUUAACAGAUAUCCUACGGAUCCUACUGAUUUUGGAGACCUUUCCACGUUCAGCUAUGUCAGUUCCACCACUACCCAAAGACCGACAACCACCAAAAAGCCACCAUCAACGAGCUAUGUCACUGGCGCCAGCCCCAUCAGAAGACCAGCGUUACCAUCAAAUGUAGUGACUUAUGACGCAGUAGACACCUUCUCAAGCGUCACACCGACUGUCAUAGUCCUCAAUGACAUACACACCACGAAAACGCCAUUAGACGCAGACGAACCACAAUUCGUUGAAAUAUCUCAGGAGCCAUUCAAAAAGCCUGUAAGCCAUAUCACCGUAAACAACCAUAUCGCAGCUACUAACAAUAUUUAUAUGGGUAAACCACCGACUACAUCAUCUCCUACCGUUGUUAUAACUCCAAAACCUGGUUUAACGACUCCUUAUCCAAUAAAGGGAUCAAUAGGGACCAGACCACUUCCAAUUUUGACCAGCCCUGUCAUGGACUUCACUGAGGCACCAACGACGAACAAACCAGAGAUGCAAACAUCGCCAGAUGAUUUAAUAAACUUCCCACCAGUCAGAAAUCCAAUGCUGAAUGCUACUGGCUCAAACCCAGCACUAUACAACACAAGUAUUUCGCUAUCAGACAAUGAAUUAGACAUUCUACACGACGUAGAAUUCACGACACCAACGUGGCAGAUGGACGAUAAACUGAACGAGAAAAUGAAUGUCUUCGUCAACAAAAUCGUUGGUAAUCUACAAGGAACGUUCCAAGAAUUGCAUGAUAUAGUAAUUCUUGGAAGAAAACCGAACGACACGGCUACAAAAACGACGACGGUGAAGCCUAAACGGACACCACCGACGACAAAGAGGCCAUUUUUGACGACAACAAAGAGGCCAGUACGGUUGACGACAGCGAAGGUCACGACACGACGGCCAACGGUGAAGACGACUAAAAAGCCGGUACGGCUGACGACGCAGUAUCGACGGCCUACCACAACGCAGCCGCCGACCACUACCGCCCCACCUACGAAGAAACCGGUGACCACCACGAAAAAACCGAAACCAACGAAGAAAGUGACGACAACCACUCAAGCCGCCACGACCACCACCGAGCUGGCUGACGAGGUAACCACCGAGAAUUACGUCGAACGACCUAUCGAUUACAACGACAAGAAUUUAUGCGGCGUACGUCCCCUGGCUAAAACCGGCCGUAUAGUUGGCGGCAAAAGUGCCAACUUCGGUGAGUGGCCCUGGCAGGUGCUGGUGAGGGAAUCCACGUGGCUCGGUCUAUUCACCAAGAACAAGUGUGGAGGAGUCCUUAUCACCAACAGAUUCGUCACCACCGCUGCCCAUUGUCAACCUGGAUUCCUAGCCUCUCUUGUAGCGGUAUUUGGAGAGAACGAUAUAUCAGGAGACUUUGAACCUAAAAAGCCAGUAUCAAGAAACGUGAGGAAAGUCAUCGUCCACCGGUCUUAUGAUGCUGCUACCUUCGAAAAUGAUCUUGCUUUAUUGGAGUUGGAAUCGCCUAUCAAGUUUGACGCUCAUAUCGUGCCAAUCUGUAUGCCACCUGACGAGGCUGACUUCACGGGCCGUGUGGCAACCGUUACCGGCUGGGGACGGCUGAAGUAUGGCGGUUCAGUGCCGGCUAUUCUCCAAGAAGUUCAGACAGCUGGUCAUUCAAAGAAGAUAUUGAACUCCUUUAUCUGCGCAGGAUACGCUAACGGACAGAAGGAUUCAUGUGAAGGUGACAGCGGUGGUCCCUUAGUUCUUCAGCGAGAUGAUGGAAAAUGGCAACUGGUUGGAACGGUCUCCCAUGGAAUCAAAUGUGCAGCGCCAUUCCUACCCGGUGUUUACAUGAGGACCACAUACUAUAAACCAUGGUUAAAGAGUAUUACAGGAGUCCAUUGAAUAACUUAGUUUGAAUAAAUUAAUUUGAAUAAACGGAAUUGAAUAAUGAAUG